AUGGCUCUCGCUUUCUGGUUCGCCAUGACCUUGAUGUACAACGGGAAAGAGGACCUCUCCGCCGGCAAGGUGCUUUCCGCAUUCAUGUGCAUCCUGACAGUGGGCUUCAUGAUCGGGAAGAUCGGCCCCGGCUUCGCCGGAGUGGCGGCGGCUCAGGCGUCGAUGGCGCGCUUCUUCUACGUGGUCAGUCAGGAGUCCGUCAUCCAGAAACGUUUGCAUGACGAUCGGAAGACGGUUGGCCCGAUCGAAAGCUUGUCCUUGGAGGAUGUGCACUUCGCGUAUCCCGCCCGCCCGGAGAUGAAGAUCUUGCAUGGACUCAGCCUGACGAUCAAGAAGGGACAGAAAGUGGCAGUGGUGGGCGAGUCUGGCAGCGGCAAGAGCACGAUCAUGGCGUUGCUUGAACGCUUCUACGACCCGCAACAAGGUGCAGUGAAGAUCAACGGCGAAGAUUUGAGGAACCUCAACAUCGAGUCAUACCGCAAGCAGAUUGGCUAUGUGGGCCAGGAGCCGGUGCUCUUCGCCACCAGUGUGCGCGCGAACAUCCUCCAGGGCUGCCGCGAUGCGACAGAGGAGGAUUUCGAGGCAGCUGCACACAAUGCCCAGCUGGACUUCGUGAAGGCACUUCCCGAGCAGUUCGACACCUACGUGGGCUCCGGAGGGUCCCAGUUCUCGGGGGGUCAGAAGCAGCGCAUCGCCAUCGCCCGGGCACUGCUGAAGAAGCCGUCGAUCAUGUUUUUGGACGAAGCCACCAGUGCCUUGGACUCGAGCUGCGAGAAGCAAAUCCAGCAAACCAUCGACAACUUGGGCAAGAGCUCCUGGCUGGGCAGCAUGACGAUCGUCAGCAUCGCGCAUCGGCUGACCACGGUGCAGAAUUCGGAUCUCAUCUACGUCCUCGAGCAGGGAGUGGUCGCUGAGUGCGGAAGCCACAAAGAGCUGACGGCCCAGGAAGGCGGCAUCUACCAAGCGCUGGCGGCUGCCCAAGGCGCCGUCCUGGCCCGCAAGAUCACCGGUGAGCUGGCCCCAAACGCCGACGAGGGUGAAGUGCCAAAGAUCACGCCGAAGCCGUCCAGAACAGCGAACAAGCCGGCGGAGGACCCAGAAGACAAGGAGGCCGAGCGUCAGAAGCGCAUCGCCAAGAGCUACAAGGUUCCCACGCUGCGCUUGCUCAGCUUCUCCAAGCCUUACUGGUGCUGCUUCGUGCCGGGGCUGUUGGCAGCAUUGGUGAGUGGCGCUUGCUUCCCGCUGAUGGGUGCCUUUGUUCUGGUUGAUGCACUGUCGGCCUUGAUGCAGGGGGACAAGGAGAACAUGAAGUCCCAGGCCGAAAUGGCUGCGCUGUGGUUCGUAAUCGUGGGCGUGGCCCGUUGCAUCGCCUCAACCUUCCAAUUCGCCUGCUUCGGCGUCAUCGCAGAGAUCACCACAAGGGAGGCCCGCGUCACCAUGCUCACCAGCAUCUUCCGCCAGGACAUUGGCUACCAUGACGAUCCAGAGAACACCCCCGGGAAGCUCGUGGCUGCCCUAAAGGUCUAUGCCUACCGCAUUGCGCAGCUGGUCGUUGCGUUUGGCGACAAUGCAGAUGCCCUGUGUUCGAUCGUGGUCGGCUUGACGAUGGCUUUCGUCGGCUGCUGGGAGAUGGCAGGAGCCAUGCUCCUCACCAUUCCCAUCUUCGCGAUCGCUUCAGGUAUCAAGGUGGCAGUCAUGAUCGGUGGUGCCAAGAACGAGAAUCAGGUCCUGAAACAGGCCACGCAGGUGACCUCCGAUUCGCUGCUCAACGCCCGGACCAUCUAA